UUCUCUUUGUUCUAAGAACGUCUUCUUCUACGUGUACACUCUAUAAACUAGAAAGGCGAGUCAACAUUGAGAAAGUCAGAAAACACCGUAUAAGAACCAGACGAAACAUUCCCCUCCCUCUCGUGGUUUGUUGUUUCCUAUGAUGCAUUCGACGGUGCAGCAUGGUGGGAACAAGAGUGGCAAGUCCUCCACCAACAAUGUAUGGGCUAACAACCCUAAUCUGGCAAAGACAAUGGCAGCUUUAGAUGAGUUCAAAUCUGGAUUCCCGUCAAAGGGUUUAGCAACCGUGUCAAACAAAUGGUGGGGGACAGGAACAGAGAUUACUGAAGAUGGUGGAGGAGAUGUCAAGGAGGACAAAGCAGAAAUAGCUUCUGAGAAGCAAAGUUCUUUGCUAGCUAUUAGGAAAAGAAUAGCUGAAGAGGGAAGAGAAGCUCUUGAAAUUGGUGUCAGUCGAGGAUUUGGUUCCAAAAGACCAGACAAGAGAGAUCAGCAUCUUCUGUCUCAGAUCUGCAAGUCUUCCCUGCCUAAGGAUUGGGUCACUGAUUCUUCUUGAGUUUGUUUUAUAUUUGUUUAGAACAGAGUUCCUUCUUGAACCAGUGCUAUGUGUUAUUUGUGAUUUCUCAAGUUCCUCAACUCCCCUGCAACUAUGUAUUAUUAUGUUUUGGUAUUUGAAAUGAAUAACAUUAUUGUAGUA